AUGGCAAUGUCGAAGCAGCAGCUUGCUGGUAAACUAGCGAAGAAAACUUUAUCAUUAGAUGAUAAGAUCAAGUUUUUGGAUUUCGCCAAAAAAAAUCCAGAACUUGGAUGUAGAAAACUAGCAGACAUUUACAAGAUUGGAAAGACAGCCGCAGCAAAUAUUUUAAGAGACGAAAAGAAAAUUCGUGAACAACAUGAAAUUUUUCGUGAGAAAACAAAAAAACGUAACCGCCAUGGCAAGUAUCACAAGAUAAAUGAGAUCUUAUUCGAAUGGUACAAAAGAUGUUGCGCUUCUAACAUCUACCCUAAUGGUGUAAUGCUUAAAGAGGAGGCGUUGGAAAUUAAGGAAAAACUUCAGAACAGCGAUUUUGAUAAUUUCUCCGCCUCUGACGGUUGGUUGGAUCGAUGGAAAACAACAUAUUCCGUCAAAGAACGUCGUAUUGUUGGUGAAGCUGGUGACGUUUCUACAGAAACGGUUACUUCCUGGAUGGAGAGGAUCAAAGAAUUGGUUGAAGGUUAUUCACUAGAAAAUAUUUGGAACAUGGACGAGUCUGGCUGUUUUUUUAAAGCUCUACCGGCCAAAGCGUUAGUGGAAAAAGGAAAACAAGCAAAAGGUGGGAAAAAGUCAAAGCUUAGAUUAACUGUCGCUUUUUUUGUAAAUGCAGCUGGGGAAAAGAUCCAUCGCGUCCAGCUAACGUUCACUACUUUUCAAAUCCUAAAUCUUGGAUGA